CAUAAAUCCAAAGGGACAACAACGUGGGAGUAAAGAAGCUCCAUGUGAACACAUCAUGGAAGAAAUAUGUUCUGUAUAUGCUACUCAAAGAAGAAGAAAAAUAAGCAUCCAUGCAUAAACAAAUACAUUUACCCAGACCAACUGUACAUACAUGUACUCUACACAUAUAUGUUAUACAUUAUGCAGAACCCUCUAUGCUUUCCAUACUACCCCCUCAUUUGUGUUUAAUUAUACUGCACAUUAUUUGAUUUACUUGAGCAUGUUAUCAAAAACGUUAAGAGCAUUUUAUUACUCAUAUUACCUAAUUAGGGGCUUAGUUUGUGGAGUGUAACUAUUGACUAUUGUUAGAAACUCACAACUGAGCCUUAAAGCAACUGCUUCAUAACAGUGAACUUUUAUGUGAGGACAAUUUGGUCACUCACUCAAACGGACGUCUGCCAAAAAAACAAAGUACCCCCAUCUCCUCCUCCUCCCCCCACAUUUGACAGAAAAUCAUUGCUUGUGUCUUUAUCCUCCACUCGCGCACCCGUCUCCUCGAGGCGCGCGCGAGGAUUUCCUGGUGCGCGCGCUUUGGCACGGCGCCGCGCACUCCAGCGCCUGUGUGUAGUAACCCAGAGCAGCAGAGCUCUCAGAUAGACAUGGCGGCGGAUCCUAAGCCGGACUGGCUCUCCUGCCUUCCCUCGUCUUGGAGUUAUGGGGUGACUCGGGAUGGACGCAUAUUCUUCAUCAACGAAGAAGCGAAGAGCACGACCUGGCUGCAUCCUGUUACUGGAGAAGCUGUGAUCACGGGGCACAGGAAAACUCCAGAUUUACCAACAGGAUGGGAGGAAGGAUACACAUUCGAGGGGGCUCGCUGCUUCAUCAAUCACAAUGAGCGAAAGGUGACCUGCAAGCACCCGGUGUCAGGAGUCCCCUCCCAAGACAACUGCAUCUUUGUUGUAAAUGAACAGCCGGCUCCUAAGGCUUCGUCAGAGCAGGACAGCAGCAGUGACCAGAAGGAACGUCCCAUGAGCACCAUGAGCGAGGCUUCAAACUACACAGGGGGCUCCGACUACAGCACCUUUCCUGGCAGCCCCACCACCACGGCCACUACAGCCGCCACCACCUGUACAUCAUCCACACGGCCAUCUAGGUCUUCCAAAAAAAUUCACAACUUUGGGAAGAGGUCAAACUCCAUCAAGAGGAACCCCAACGCGCCUGCAGUCAAGAGCAACUGGCUCUACAAACAGGACAGCACGGGCAUGAAGCUGUGGAAGAAGAGGUGGUUUGUGCUGUGCGACAUGUGCCUCUUCUACUACCGUGAUGAGAAAGAGGACAGCAUCCUGGGAAGUAUCCUGCUGCCCAGCUUUCACAUCUCCAUGUUGUCCGUGGACGACCACAUCAGCAGGAAAUACGCCUUUAAGGCUACUCAUCCAAACAUGCGGACAUAUUAUUUCUGCACUGACGCAGCCAAAGAGAUGGAGUCCUGGAUGAAAGUCAUGACGGAUGCUGCCCUCGUCCACUCUGAACCAGUCAGAAGAUCGGACAAGUUGAAAGUUGACCAGCGAGCGCCUCAGGAGUCGAACAACUUACUAAACCACAGAGUCCUAACUCGGCCCGAGAUUCAGAACAAUGAACGCAACCGAGAACCUGUGCGACAACACUCCCUAUCUCAGGCCGACAACAAAUGGCAAAAAGAAGUAGAGAAACACAAUGGCCAGAGGGAACGUGAAUACUACACCUUACAGAGAGAUGGUGAGAGGUACUCGCUAAAGAAAGAUGGGGUGAAUUAUAUGCUUCAGAAAGAUGGAGACAAGUAUCUCCUCCAUAAGGAUGGAGAGAAGUACUUGGUUCGAAAAGAUGGAGAGAAAUACUCACUGCAGAAAGAUGGAGAGGUGUACACCAUUCACAGGGAUAUGGAGAAGUACGCAGUCCAGAAGGUGGAUGAAAAGUAUACGGUGGCUUCAACAGAGGAGAAAUAUGCUCCAACGAAAGACGGCGAGAAGUAUUUGCUUACGAAGGAUGGAGAAAAAUAUGCACUUCAGAAAGUUGGCGACCGGCACACACUCAAAAAAGAAGGAGAGAGAUAUGUUCCUCAAAAGGAAGUGAAGAGACAGCUGUCACUAAGGGAGACUGACAGGUACGCCACAAUGCGGGACAUGGAGAACAAAUAUGGUACACUACAUGUUAUGGACAAAUACGGCACUAUGAGGGCAGUGAAGAAAUACAGUACACUACGAGAAGGAGAUAAAUAUGCUACUUUCCGAGGAGACACAGAGAAGUAUGCUACACUCCGUGAAGGUGACAAAUAUGGCUUCCAGAGAGACCCAAGUGGAGAUAGGUCUCUGACCAGAAUCAGCAGUAUCAAGUUGCAGCCGGCUCAAGCUGCCGCCAUCGCCGCUGCCGUGGCGGAAUCUCGCCAGAGCCAGGCCAACAUGAAUGCCCAAAAGCCUACAAACGUUGACAGCUCAGGGUCUGUGGCCGGGGAGCCACCUGUGGACUGCAGCUCGGCAGAUGUGGAUGGCAGCAUUGCCAUGGUUCCAGUAAAGUCCCCUGUUCCAGUGCCGGAGCCUGAGAAGGGCCUGUCCAGGACAAACUCCAUGCAGCAGCUGGAGAACUGGGUCCGCACACACAGAUCAAGAGGACUGGAUGAAGACACCAGGAGCAUUACAUCAUACCAGACCCUACCCAGGAACAUGCCCAGCCACCGUCCUCAACUUGUGCCCCGCUACCCAGAGGGCUAUCGCACACUGCCCCGGAACAGCAUGUUGAGGCCCGAAAGCAUCUGCAGCAUGGCGGGUUCUGUGUACGACCGUGCACUCCGUCCGGCUUCCACCACCAGUGUCAACACAGCAGAGAAGAGGAGGUCGAUGAGGGAUGACACUAUGUGGCAGCUGUAUGAGUGGCAGCACAGACAGGCUUUCUCCAGACAUAGUAUUGCGCAGCCACCAGGUGUGGGUCAUUACGGAACACUGCCCAGCACAAAGACUAUGGGCAACAUCUCUGAACAUGCUGUGGCGCAAUCGAUCCCCACCUCACCCUCUCAUGGCUCCCUGGCUCUCUACAGCACCUUCUCUGCUCCUCAUCAGCAGGUUGCUCACAACCCCAGCAACUCCUUCUCUGAGGUGUCCUCACCGGUGCUCAGAGGGGACGGGACACUGGACCGACGGCAGAGGACACAUCUUGCCAAGUAUGGGUACCCAGCUGAUCGGCGAUCGAUUGCAGGCGGCGUCCCUCCUCAGACCAUCACCCCACAGACGCUGCAAGGCAAGACGCCCGAGGAGCUAACGCUGCUGCUGAUCAAGCUCCGCCGGCAGCAGGCGGAGCUCAACAGUCUGCGGGAGCACACAGUAACUCAGCUUAUGGCCCUGGGUAUGGAGGGGCCCAACGCCAAGACUGACGUUCUUUCUCAUCACCUCCAGAGGAACCUUAUUUACCUGGACAGCCAGACAAAGGAGAAUGAGCCUCUAAUCUUCAUGAUUCAUACUAUGAUCGAGAACUCGGCACCGAGGCCACAACUCUACCAGCAAGUCCCCCCUGACGACUAUAAGGACAGCUCCUUCAGCCAGCGCCCAGAGGAGGACGACGUAGACACCAAGCUGAGCAGGCUGUGUGAGCAGGACAAGGCGUUGAGGAUGCAGGAGGAGAAAGUGCAGCAGUUGCACAGAGAGAAGCACACUCUGGAGACGGCCCUGCUGUCAGCCAGUCAGGAGCUGAGUGAACAGAGCAGCUCCAGUGCUGCAGCCACACAGAGCCUGGUCCAGCAGAGGGACGUGCUGCAGAACGGCCUCCUGAGCACCUGCAGAGAGCUGUCCAGAGUCAGCUCUGAGUUGGAACGCUCCUGGAGGGAUUAUGACAGGCUGGAGGCAGAUGUCACUCAGGCCAAGUCCAACCUGCUCGAGCAGCUGGAGGCCCUAGGCAGCCCACAGACAGAGCCUCCAAGCCAGCGGCACAUCCAGAUCCAGAAGGAGCUGUGGAGGAUCCAGGACGUGAUGGAGGCUCUGGCCAAAAACAAACCACAGCGGUGCACAGACAACACAAAUUUUCCUGGCUCCAAACCUCUCUCCAGUCUCCAGAAGAAUGAAACAGGGACGCUGCUGCCACUCAGUCCUCUCAAGGAGGGCAACAGCGUGCCCCCCCGCCCGCCCCUUCCCCAGUACUACGACUCAUCAGAUCGCCCCCCUAACGUGCCCCCCCACCACGCCCACGCCAGCGGGCGCCUGCCCAACCACACAGCCCGGCCCGAGGACCGCAAGGCCGGCUCUAGGAACGGAGCGCACAGCCAAGCGCCAGACUAUCGUCUGUAUAAGAGUGAACCUGAGCUGACAACAGUCAACGAGGAAGUGGACGAGGCCAACGGUGAGGAAAAGGACAAGACAGAGACCUCUGCAGAGAGUAAAGACUCUGGAGCCUCAAAAGUGUCCCCCUACCCGGUGGGCAUUGUCCCCCCCAGGACCAAAUCUCCCAUGAACCCUCCUGAGUCGUCCACCAUCGCCUCCUACGUCACCUUGAGGAAGACCAAGAAGCCAGAGGCCAGAUCAGACCGCCCCAGGAGUGCGGCGGAUCAGCCGGGUUAUGGGGAUCGAGAGGUGGGCAGAACGAGGAUGAGUGUGGAGGAACAGCUGGAGAGGAUGAGGAGAAACCAGGAGGCCUCGUCGCUCCGAGAGAAGAAGAGGGAAACCCCAUCCCGCUCACCCUCCUUCAGCAAGGACAACCGUUUUGUUACCCAGCAGACCCAUGCCCAGGCAGAGGGAGCCUGUGCAGACCCUGUGGAGCUGGAGGCAGCCCUGCGGCAGCUGAAAGUGGCCGCUGAGGCUGCUGGGACUUACACAGACAGCGCUCUGACGGCACCACAUCUUCACAGGGAGGUGCAGCAAGCCGAAGAGGUGAAAAAUGACAAAUGUGAGCAGCUACAGCAGAGCAGGACUGUGACCCUGCACAGUGGGAAGGAGCAGCUGGCGGAGACCAACAGCAUAGACAAUGAGCUGUGUGAAAGUCAGAGGGUGGUGAUUCUGGACCUGGGCACAGUACCUCAGCAUGUGGAGAUAGUAAACCUCGAGCCUUUUGAGGAUGAUGAAAGCAAGAAGCAAGAUCUGACGAGCUCACCUACAAACACCACCACGGAAAACAGCCUCCACACCCCUGAGCCUGAAAUGUCCAGUCCAGAACCCAAAGACGAGGAGGGGAACCUGACACCACAAACCACCAGAGAGCAGAAGCUGGACAUGAGCCUGGACUCGUAUAACCAGCUCACAGCAGACAACAAGAAACACAACAACAACAACUUGCUGGCCUCGCAGACAUUCACCUUGGUGAGCAGUGACACGUGAGCCCCACCGGCCUCGAUCUCCACACUGGCAUCCCGGAGCGCCCCAAAUGUAGCCAGCCUGCAUAGAGCAUGCUCCACGGCUUCUGACAACAGAACUACUUUGUUACUACUGUUACAUGUCCACAAGGAGACUGGGACUGAGAGGACAGCAGCCCUGCUAACAGACCGGCCCACACACAGAUGGACCACCCUCACAUCCAGCCAGAGAGAAAGGCCGAUGUACUGCAUCUUUAGCACCUAUUAGAUCUGUUCCACACUGACGUGUCCUGAAGCCGAGCAUUCAUUCCAUGUUGCCCCGAAACAUUUAUGCAUAGAUGUAAGAUUGUGAAAUGGUUUUGUUAUUUUAGAGGUUUAAGGUUACAACCUAUGUCCGUUUCAGCUAUAAUACCCCAGAGAUCUUCUUUAUGACUAUAUAAAAGAUGAUGCAAUUGAGGGUGAAGUUACAAGUAACAAAACAUAGAGGUUGUGACGGAACAGGUGAAAGGUCCAUUAAUGAAAAAGAAGGUUUGGACGAUUAACCUGACCAUCAACUGAUUCAUUUAACUACUUGAUCAACGCGAUGGUCAUACCUACAGUUAUGAACACUGAUAAUAGUUGAACAAAUUGUGUUUAUUGUACAGAGAUAAUGCAGAACUGGGUGGGGCUUACUGAUCACCAGUCCUUGUUGUGUAGUUCCCUGGCUCAAUGGGCCCUCGGCAGUAAUAAUGAGGGUGUGUGUACUGUGUACAACUGGUUCCUACUGAAAGGAACCUGUUGAGGUGGUUCGGGCAUGUGGCAGGGCACGCCAUGGUCACCAGGCUUCAACAGCUCUCCUGGCAUGUCCCAAUUCAUUAAGUCAUUAGGCUGCAGUACACACCAGGGAACGGUUAAUCACUGCUACACUGAAAUAGGAACACUGUUAUUAUCUAUUUCUGCAAGCUAGAGCCUGAUACAAACCAUUGGCACAUGUAUAUAGAGUGCAUUAUUUAUACCUUCUGUUUUACUGAUGGCUGCAUUUAUCGCUGCAACCUAUUAGGGAAUUUGUUUGUACCUGUAAAGUGUUCAGCAGUAGAGAGUGCUUUAUGGAAUCAGAUUAACAUGGUAAAAAAUUGUUUAACAGUGUAAAGAAAUUCAGGCAAUUCAGUUCUGUGGUUGUCAGUCUAUCCAAUCCAUGGGUCGGCUAGUCCUUCUGCCUUCUGUGGUCACAGACGCUUAUUUCAUUUGUUUCUGUCUUCGUCUUUAAAUCUGCUUUAUAAAUUAGAACUAUAAAUAUAAAGAACUAAACUAUUUCACAAUCUUGACUGUAUGUACGAUUUGUUUUCGGGGGUAAAAUAUAGCUCUAUAGAACCAUGUUGCCAAAUACAUACACACAUGUCAAUAUACAUACCUUUUGAUACCUUGCUAAGUAUUGCAAAGUCAUUUUAAUAUGAGUAUUUAAAAGGAGAAUAUUUUAGUGAUGUGUAGGAGAGGGUGAUAGCUGUCACCGAGUUCGUGGAGGUGAGUGUACAGCUGUAUAUAGGAGCACCUGAGUCAUCUCAGCGCAGAUGGGCUAAGCACCAAAUCUCGACACACAUGCAGUGCUUUACUUUAACCCCAAAGUGAUCGCUGAUGGUCUUUUAUUUUAACCCUCUCUGAUUUCAAUCCUUUGUGUUGCUUUGUGACCAGAGGCUCCCUUAUCGCUCUAUUUUCACACCCUUUGCACCUGCAUAGUAACAGAUUGUCCUUUAUUGAUUAUACAUAUAUAAAUAUAUAUAAAAGAAUAUAAAAAGAAACAUAAAACAGAUUUUUACUUCAACAAGGUGCCACUUUGUGCUGCUGUUUUUCUCUUCUUUUUGGACUACGUAUCUUGCAGAAGUCUGUCUCUGUUUGGUUUUCAUUGCUUAGGGGAUCUACAGUGAAGAGGCUGAGGGAUAUGAGGCGGAUCUGACAUUUGGGGUUUGAAUCUCUGUGGUGGUAAAGAAUCGCAGAAUAGCACAUGUAAGAAGCAAUAAGUAGGACUUUGGACCUCCAGGACAUGAAAAGAAUUUUAAAAAGAGAUGUAUAAACUGUAAAAAAUAAAUAAAUAAAGCAAGAUAGGAUAAUUUAUGUACACAAUGAAAAGAAGAAGAGCAAAUAUUAUAACUAAAAGGUUAUUAUUAAUAUUAUUAGGGUCAAUAUGCAAAAAGUUCAUACCCAUCUGUUUUAUAUCAUGUGAAAUAAAUUGUUGUGUUGAUGUUC